CUGUGAAUGUGAAUCAAUGAACCGAUAAGCUAUUAUUCUACAGGGCCUGCCGCCCUCAGGGUAAAGAGGAAGCAGGAGAAGAAGCAAAAGCAAGUGCAGACAAUCGACAAACGGUUAGAUUUUUCACUGCAAGUGAACUGACUGAGACUCAGAGAUUUAAAUGGAUUGGAUUUAUCCAUAUAAAGAGCCUGUGGAGUCCAGUUGCUGAUGAUUUAUGGACAAGUGUCUUCAAUCUUGUUAGGAUAAUCAGUUAAGUUUGGGUGAAUUUCAGUAUGGCUCCUCCUGCCCAAAUCUUAACUGAUUUAGACCCGAAAAUAAAUCUGGAAACCACUGCCAAAGUUGCUUCUGACAAAGAGAACAGAAGUUCCUCAGCAAUCCAUGAUGAAAAGGGUCUGAAGUGUAUGAGCAAUUAUGAGGACACUACAUUUGACAUGGAAAUUUUGUUGGAUCAUCAUAUUACUACAGCAGACGAGACUGUUGAUACGGAGGUCGACAUAAUUGAAUGCGUGAAUUCUGAUGGCCUCAGGUUGGCUGAAGCUGAAGAUCCAAAUGCAACUGAAUAUUCCAGUUCUUUUGAUACAAUUUUGGGGACUGCAGAUGGUUCGAGGUUGAGUGAUGCUGAAGUGGAGUCAAGAUUCUGUGGUGACAGUGCGUCUGUUUUUGAUGGAUUUGAUAGCGUGUUCAGAACAAGGAAAAAGAAGUUGACGCCUCAUUGGAGGAGGUAUAUACGACCUCUAAUGUGGCGGUGCAAAUGGUUAGAACUGAGGAUUAAGGAAUUUCAGUCCCAGGCAUUAAAGUAUGAUAGAGAGCUUGCUGCAUAUGAUCAAAGGAAGCAGUUUGAUUCAGGACAACUUGCAUUAGAAGGGUGCUGUAUGAGGUCACUACCAUUUCCUAGACAGUUUCAGAGGAAAAAGGCCAUGAAGAGGAGAAAACGAAAGAGAAUUGAAGAUACAGUUGAUAUUUCAUCAUAUAUGUCAUGCCAUAGCCUGUUCUCAUAUUAUGAGAAUAAGAGGUCUGAUAUAGAUGGUAUCUCUUUGGAUGAUGAUUGUGGUAACCAAGUUAUUGUAGCAGAUCAAAAUGCUAACGGCAAUGGUGAGUUUGGUGUUGAUUAUGAGUGGUCAUCACUUGACUUUGGAGAUGGUGAUAAUCCUUUAGAGCAAAUCCUUUGGAAGAUCGAGGUUGUGCAAUCUAGAGUCCAAAAAUUGAAGACCCGGCUUGACAAGGUGAUCAGCAGUAAUGCCAGGAGGUUUUCCUCUGCGGAGAAUUUGAACCUGCUUGUGCCAUCUGAGGUGCCUUCAAGUUUUGCUCGAAGUCCUACUAUCUCUCCAGGCAAUAGAGACACCACGCAGGUUGGGGCUUUAUAUACUUCACCUCCACAUGUCUCAGAGUAUGAGAUUGGAGAUCUGGUUAUGCCUGAAAGUGCAGUUUCAAGCUAUGGAGAGGUGGCUACUCCUCUUCCUGACAUAAUUGAAAGCACAAUGGGAUUACUAUCUGCUGCUGAUAUUGUUCUGGAUCAGCCACAGAUUGGUGAUUCUUGUGAAGAUAUUGUGGACGAUGUUCUGAUACAUAAUCAGGCAAUUCAGGAAGAGUUGCAUACUUUUGAAAGUUUUAAGAGUCAGCCCUUAGAGAAGCCUUGUGAACUAGUGAAAGAGCAAGAGGAGAGCAAGAUUUCUCCAGUUCGAGCGCCAGAACCUGACCUUACCCAAAGGACCAUAGUGGCCGAGGAGCAGUCUACUCUGAAGUCUUGCUUAGCCUCUGACUUUCAGGUCCCCAAAAACAACAAGAGAAAGCGAGGGGAGCGGAAAGCUGGUUCUGGUGGUUGGAGCCAGAAAUCAUCAGGGGAGCCUGACCAUUGUGCUUGAAGCUCUUCUUGGAAUUGACCUGUUAGUUUUGGAAAUUGAGGCACUCAACAAAGAAAUGGUUCAGUUUUUCUAUUUUAAGAGAUGCAAGAAACAUUUAUGUUGAAAUCGUAAAAUUUACACACACACAUUUUGGCUCAGUUGGUAUCUUGAGAAUCCAAAACUCAGAGAAAUGGUUUUUGUGAAGUCAGGGGUUCAGCAUCAUUGGAAUUACA